AUGACAGCUGACAGCUUGGAUGGGUCUUUCUUUUGCCUCUUACGGGUGUUCUGCUUCUGUACUGAGCCCUCCAGGUCUGGAGGUGAUGGAAACCUGCCUGCUGACUUAGUGUCUUCUGUCACAUUUCUUCUAGGUCAAGAUGAUUUUGAUUUAGCUGAUGCCCUUGAUCACCCUGAUGACAUCAUUACCAGGAAACCCACAGUGAUCAGAAGACCGACAAGACCUGUGUACAACAAUGAUCUACAUUUAGGAGAUGCACUUGGUGGGGGUGACAUCUCAAGAAAACCUUUAUACCCACCUCUUCCACCACGCCCUGGAAGUUAUGGUAAUUCCGGAGGUUUUGAUGACUCAGAUCUGAUUGGUGGAAAGCCUUUACCACCAGGAGAUCAGGAGCAUCAUUUUAAUCAUGGAGGGAACACAGAUUCAGGUUUAAUUGCUGGAGUUACAUCUCCUGUAAUUUCUGCUUUUGUGAUACUGAUUGUUGGAUCCAUAGCAGCCUACACCGCUUACAAGAAUAAGAAGCUUUGUUUCAAACCACGUGGUGGGGCUGCAGUGUAA